UCCCUAACCCCCUCUCUUCCUCCCUCUCUCUCUCCCUUCCCUAAUCCUCUCACUCUCUCUUCCCCAAUCCUCUCUCUCUCUCUCUCUCUCUCUCUCUCUCUCUCUCCCUGGCCAUAUCUCCAAAUUCGUUUGAAGCAGCGGCAGGGAAGACGAACGGUAGUUCUUCUGUCCUGUCUCCCGCCUGUCGAAUCCCUCAAUCUCCUCUCCGAUUCUUGGGAUUUCCACACCGAUUGAAUCCUUCCUAUAUGGUAAGCUCUCAACUUCAGCUACACCGUUAUGCAACUAGCCAUGAAUCAAGGGUCAUUACUGCUCUUACCCUUUUGAAAUCUCAUCUUUUUAGUUACCAAGGUUAUGUUAGUGCUGGUUUGGUGCUUGGCGGUGUUGAUUUUACUGGACCGCAUUUGCACUAUAUACCCUCACGGAUCAACUGAUACUCUGCCAUUUGCAACCAUAGGUUCUGGGUCUCUUGCUACGAUGGCCAUCUUUGAGUCAAAAUACAGAGAGGGCCUGACUAUAAACAAAGGAAUAAAGCUUGUGUCUGAGGCGAUUUGCUCUGGAAUUUUCAAUGACUUGGGAAGUGGUAGCAAUGUUGAUGUCUGCAUAAUAACCAAGGUUAAAGUUAUGAAGGAGAGUGCAGCGCCUAGAGCAGUGUAUGUACCCACCGCCACUGUCCGGAUGGCACCUGCAAGCACAGAGCAGCAAUCGCUUGCGCCAGCAGCCCCGCCUUCAGCACUUGAGACCCCAACUCCUAGUGACAAAAAUGCCCCUAAAAGCAGCAAUAUUCAUGAGGAAGGUGACUUUGUAUUUCAUGCUGUUACUGACCAAUCAACCCAUGAGCAAUGCUGAAUUCAGCUUAGGUACGAUCAUAUAUGUGUGUGUCAUGUAGUUUACUUAAUAUCUACUUCACUCACUUGUCCCUAUACUAGUCACCUCGCCUCUUCUUCUCCUUCUUUCUAAACUGAACAUGGGCAAAUUCAGUUUGCAGCAAUGGUGAAAGCAAUCAGGAUUUGAAGCUUGGAUUAGUUCAUGAAAACCCUCUUCAUCAAAAUAUUUAUCGGUAUGCAAUCAGAACAUGUUCCUAUAUGAAUUCAUCUAAAAUCAGAUCAAUCUUUGGGCUGAUUAUUGAUAUCUAAUUGACCAAAUUCUAAUUUUUCUUUUCAUUUAUUGCAUUGUUUUGAAAUUACCCAUAUCAAUUUUUUCGGCAAAAUUGUGGAGAUAUAGGGUAAAAUCCAGUUCUUUGAUGAUUUAUCGAAAACCAUUUUCAUUGUUUAAUGCAGCUGCGUAAAAUAAGUGUUGUAGACAAUUCUGGUCCUUUAUGGACUGGUUUGAUUCUUUCAUUGUUUGGGUUUCUUGUUAUGUUUGUUUCUUUAUAGGUAGGAAACUGCGAUUGAGAACAAAUGGGUUAUCGAUUCAACACCUUUAGUUAGUGAAGUAUCUAGGUUAUCGUCAAUGACUAAGGGUGUUGCUUCCCUUAAUCAGUGAAGUUAUCUGGGUUUGAAUUGGUUUAAGUUACAUUCUUGUUUUUGAAUGUAAAGAUGGCAUGUGCAAUACUCAAGAUCCAAGCACACCUGACGUGUUUACCAUGUCAUAGAUGCCCUGCUCCAAUAAUCAGGCCAGUCCACUCAUCAUGUGCACCAGAGCAUACAAAUGGUUGUCACUGUCAAAGAAACCUUGUUUUUAGGCAUGCCCCAAUGAGGAGCAGACUGUCAUGACUUGUGGGCAAGGGAAUGUACAUAGCGGGGUCCACUUACUGAUGGCUUGGACGCUCACCGCACAUGCCUACAUAUAGAUGGGCCGGGUAAUGCACAGGUGGGAUUAGAAAACCUCAGUUUGCAGUAAUCGAUCAAAAUUUUUUUGGGCAAAUGACAUAGAGUUGAGCAUCAAAUACAUAAAUAUAUAACACAUUAGAAUUACAAAGAUACAAUCUUUCAGCUAGCUGUUAGUGUGAGGGACACUUCAAGUAGAUUUUUUAUUUUUUUUUUUUAAAUUUCAUGAAUCACUAAAAUAUAUUUCAAAAAAGAAGAAAGGAUAAUACAUCAUCAUCUUCUCAUUUUUGAAUGCACACAGACACUCCACAAACAACUUUUGCUGAAAUUUCUUUCCAUCCAUCAUGGAUUGCUUGGACUCAUUUCAAUUUUCUUAUUCUUUUG